AUGAACGGGUCACGUUUCGCCUGCGUUACGCUCGCGUUAUGCAUCGUCCGCUUGUCGGCGACUUCGGCCGUGCCGGACCUGAAGUUAGUGCACGUUUUGUUCGCGCACAAGCUGUACGCGCCGAGAGAGGACCAGAAAGCGGAAAGGGAAAGCUUGCCGCGGCUCUUAUCGUACGAGUACUUCAUUUCCGCCAGGAAGAACAUGUCGAACACCUCGAAUCUCAACAUGUACAACCUCGGAGUGCAUCUGCGCAAGAUCUACAGCGGGUUUCUGGGCGACGGGCUGCAAUCGUAUGAACCCACGAAGAUGAGGUCGACGGAGUACGCCUUAUCGAUAUUAUCAGCGCAGCUUGUUAACGCCGGUUUAUGGCCACCCACGGAAGAACAAAUGUGGAUGACGGGCCUGAACUGGCAGCCGAUGCCGGCCAAUUACAUGGAACUGAAGGAGGACGUGUUGAUGCUGGGCUCGUUGUGCCCGAAUUUUAUCUCACGGAUGAACGAGGUGUUGGAAACAGCCGAGAUGCGGGAAACGUUGUCGCAGUAUCAGCCUCUGUUCGAUUAUCUUUCUUACUACACCGAGAGGAAUAUCAGUACGCCAUCGGACGUGGCUCUCUUGUACGCCAGUCUGGAAACGAUGGCUGAUCAGGAUGAGAUGCUGCCCCACUGGGCGAGAGACGUGUUUCCCCACGGCACGAUGUACAACGUGACCUUGUCGGAGUACGAUCUCCUCUCAGCGACUCUUCUUCAGAGGCAGCUGAACGGUGGGACCUUCUUAGCGGAGAUCGUCGGCAACUCGUUGAAAUACAUGUCGGGCGAGAUACCGGAGAAUCGCAAAAUGAUGCUGUACAGCGGCGACGGGCGGAACAUCGCCGGGGUGCUGAGAAAUCUCGACCUCUGGUCGCCUCACAUUCCCAACGAAGCGGCCGCGUUGAUCUUCGAACUGUAUCUCGACAACGACACGGACACAUACGGGAUCAAGAUUAACUAUUACACCGGUGUCGACGAGACAACGAUCGCUCUGUCGUUGCCGAACUGUACGGAGAUAUGCCCGUUACAAACGUUACUGGACGUCGUUUUCGAGCUGAUACCGCAGAAUCCGCGAGCGUUGUGCGGCUGGAUCACCGAGAAUUCAACGCCGGGAGCGAAAGACGCCGACCCGUUGUCACUCCAGAAGAACAAUUCGUCGGACAGCAGCGGGUCUGCGAAUUGGUGCGGGAGCGGCGGUUUGAUAUUUAACUUAACGUUACUGAAUUUGUUUAGCUUGGUGCUUGCGGUACGUUGAGAGAAAAAGCGCCUGGUAUUCGUGACCGCGAAUCGCAGCAAAACUAUUUUUGUAGUUAAUGUUGUACCGUAUAGCACCGGCAGCAUCAAUAUCCUCAUCUGCAUAUUAUUACGAACGAAAGUACAACUUGAAAAUUAAGACGCAGAGUCGAAAACAAAAACGCCUACAUCUAAUUUUCAUUCGACGGAAUGUAAGUCAACCAAGAAAUGCGAUCUUCCAUUUAGCGACACAAAUAUCAUUCAAUUUUUAUCAUUCAUCGAAUAUGGAAGAAAGACAGGAUGAUGUUUAAGUCGAGACUUGCGUUAGAAAAUGAAAAGCACCUUAGAUACAGCCUUGGUACAAGUCCGAAUCUGCAAUAGUAGACGUACAGCAGAUAUGUGCAGCCUUUUGCCCCAAGUAAUAAAAUGUAAUUUUUGGCAGGAAGCGUUUCCCCUCGCGUGCCAAAGGUCGUAAUAACGUUUAAAUCUUAAGAACUGCGACGUCCUGGAGAAACGCUUUCUGCGAGAAAUUACGUUACAAUUGACUCGCAGAAUUCGCACACAUUGCGGCAAAUUUAUGGAAAUUACAAUUUAACGUU